AUGUCCUUAUUUCAAAUGAAAUGGCUCAGACGUCUGGUGAGGCAGAACACAAAACCCAUACCAGAAUUGGAGGCAGCGUUGUGGAAGCGUCGACUCAGCGUGGUGUAUGCCCUCCUGGCCUGGAAUGCUUUUGGAUUCGUCUGCUAUAUGGCGUUCAGCGGAAAGAGCGAUUGGGCCCACUACCAUGGCUUGAAAAGUGACGAAGAGAAGAAGGAAUCGCAGGCAGUUCAGUUUAGCAAGCGGCUGAAUGUUGAAAAAGGCAAAAUUAUACGAUACUCUGGUUUUAAGAAGGUGGAAGAGUUGGAAUUCGACAAUACAAAAGAUAAAUAAGCCCUAGCAGUAAAUCGGUGUAGUUUUAUUUCU